AUGGUCAGUGUGGCUAGACUGGUGUUUAUGCUGGGGCUGCUGCUGUGUCUGGGAGCCCAGCUGUCCUCCUCCCAGCACUGGUCCCAUGGCUGGUACCCAGGAGGCAAGAGGGAGCUGGACUCAUUUACCACCUCUGAGGUGGGUCACAGUACUACAAUCUCAAUGACUCAAAUGGAUAUUACAUACAGCACUUUUAAUCAGGAAUCAAGACAGGUGUUUAGCACCUGUCUGGGUAACACACAGUAGCCAUUUGUGUCACCAUCAUGCGGUUCUCUCUCUCUCUCUCUCUCUCUCUCUCUCUCUCUCUCUCUCUCUCUCUCUCUCUCUCUCUCUCUCAGAAUUCAGAGGAGAUUAAACUCUGUGAGGCAGGAGAAUGCAGCUACCUGAGACCCCAGCGAAGGAACAUCCUUAAAAACAUUAUUGUGAGUGCAGGG